AUGGCCUCCAGUCAAUUCCGCGUUGCACUCAAAAAGGCGCACUUGCUUGAAACUCGGGGAUUCAUCGCCGGGCAAUGGAAACAUGCAACGGGCAACAAGGUCUUUCCUGUUUAUGAACCAUCCACAGGCCAAGUGCUAGCAGAGAGCGCAAAUUUCUCGACGUCGGAUUUCACCGAUGCCAUCGAGAGUGCCGACCGCGGUUACCGGGAAUUUUCCAAGUCAACAACCGCCAAAGAUAGACAAUCUGUACUGCGCAAGUGGAAUGACCUGAUAUUGGACAACAUUGACGACUUGGCACGGAUCCUCUCGCUUGAAAACGGCAAGGCCCUCACGGAGGCCCGGGGCGAGAUAGGCUAUGCCGCCUCCUUCGUGUCAUGGUUUGCAGACGAAGCUGUCCGAAGUUACGGGGAUACAAUCCCUUCAUCGUUUCCCGACACGUCGGUCCUUGUUUUCAAGCAGCCUGUUGGGGUUUGCGGGAUUAUCACGCCAUGGAACUUCCCCGCGGCGAUGAUCACUCGAAAGAUUGCGCCUGCGUUUGCAGCAGGGUGUUCGGUUGUUAUCAAGCCUCCCAGCGAAACCCCAUUCAGCGCCGCAGCUUUUGUGAAGCUUGCUCUAGAAGCGGGCAUUCCGUCUGAUAUUGUGAACGUCGUGCCUACAAAGGACCGCGAGGCGUCUUUGGCUCUAGCUACACACCCUAAAGUCAAGAAACUUAGCUUUACAGGAUCCACCAACGUUGGCAAGAUGCUGACGAGGCUGUGUGCUGAUACAAUGAAGCGAGUGAGCAUGGAGCUUGGAGGGAAUGCUCCGUUUAUUGUUUUCGAAGAUGCAGAUCUUGACAAGGCUGUAGACGGUGCACUCGCCUCCAAGUUCCGUGCAUCAGGACAAACCUGCGUUUGUGCCAACCGCCUCUACGUGCACCAAGCAGUUCUCGAGGACUUCACUCAGAGGCUUAUUGCAAAGGUCCGGCGGUUUAAAUUGGGUCGCGGCACUGACCAGGGAACUACUCAUGGUCCACUCGUCAAUGUAGCAGCCGUGGAAAAAGUCAAGACGCAUGUUCAGGAUGCCAUUGAAAGGGGUGGAAAGCUUCGCUACGGGGGAAAGGUGCUCGACAGGGAGGGCUUCUUCUUCGAGCCUACAGUCAUUACCGAUGCAACAAAGGAUAUGCUUCUUGCCCAGGAUGAGACCUUUGGUCCAGUCGCUGCUAUCUUCCCCUUCAACUCGGAGAAUCAGGUUGUCGAGUUAGCGAAUGACUCCAGUUUUGGCCUGGCGGGAUACUUCUUUAGCCAGGAUGUUAGUCGGGUGUUCCGCGUGGCCCAGAGGCUCGAGUGUGGUAUGGUUGGUGUGAAUACCGGGCUUCUUAGCGCUGUUGAAGCUCCAUUUGGAGGAAUCAAGGAAAGCGGUGUUGGGCGCGAGGGUAGCAAGUAUGGCCUGAGCGAAUACCAGAACAUAAGGUCUGUCACUAUUGGGAAUCAGCAGUCUUGA